AAGGGGGCAUACUCGCACAGAUCUGAAAACAACAGCCCCGUCCUAUGCCCAGAGGACAGAUGCUGCCAUCUACUUACGCUGAGAGUAAAGACGGGGAGAGGAAGGAAGGAGGGAAGACUGACUUCUACCUGAUGUAGACGCUGCCCUCACCCCCUCGUCUCCCCUCUCUUUUCGUUCCUCUCAUCCACCCAGCCUGUCUGGAGCCGCAGAGGACUGUCAGCCAGUACAGACGAAGCACCAGAUCAGAGUGCUGGCAGAGCAAGUGUGCCUACAGCUCUGCUACCUGCUCUACCACCCUGCAGGACUCUCCCUCCAACAUGCACAUCAAAAUGCUCUCGCAGACACACAUUCAGGGAACUUUCUCCUGCGCGCACACACUUACAUGCUGACAAGCAGGCAGGCACACCCCCUCCCAUUAUCUGUGCAGCGAGCAGUUCUGCUCAUAUUUGUGUGAGCAGCGAGGGGCUGCAUUUCACUCCUCAGCAGCAGCAGCAACAGCAGCAACAGCAGGACGGGUCCAGAGGAGAGCGGUCAUCACCAGAGAUCACACACCAGCUUCUACAACUGAAGCGUGUGCCAGUGGGACAGCCAUGGAGGACACCCUCACCUGCAGCCAUGCCACCUUCUCCCAGGUGUUUGGACGUCAGGGACAGCUAAUGCAAGCCACCGUCCAGUCUCUGAACAGCCUGAACGACCAGAUUGCUCAGUUCAUGGUGACCCGACCUUGUAGCCUGACGGAAGAGGACGAGGCCUUCAUACCGGGAGAGAGGGAUACCUUGAGGAAGUCCAUGACCCUGAUGAGACACCUGCUCAUGGAUGCUCAGGGGAAAAUCCUUAAAAUGAUGGAAGACAACAAACAGCUGGCACAGAGGAUUGAUGGGGCCAUCCAGUCUGCCAGUCAGGAAGUGACCAACCUCCGCUCCGAGCUCUCUGCCACCAGCCGCAGACUGGCAGAGCUGGGCGCCAGCAGCCCCCCUGCCUUGGAGAACCACCACCAGCACAACCACCACGAUGACAGCCUUCACUACCGGGAUCCAUCAGUGCAUCACAGGCAGAAGACAGUGGUGACAGACAUGUGCUACCCAACAGAGAUAUCCAGCCUCAUGGACUUUGGCACUCCAGACUGCUCGCUAGGCAAAGUGUUGUUGCGUGAGGAGGUGGUCCAGCUUCAGGAGGAGGUCCACCUGCUGAGGCAAAUGAAGGACAUGUUGAGUAAGGACCUGGAGGAGACCCAGGGAGGCUGCUCUGCCAAUCUGCUCUCUGCCACCGAGAUCCGUGUGCAGCUGGGUGACAAGGAGCAGGAGCUGGACCGUGCCAAGGAGGCCUUACAAGCUAUGAAAGCUGAUCGUAAGCGUCUAAAAGUGGAGAAAGCAGACUUGGUGAGUCAGAUGCAGCAGCUGUACACAACACUGGAGAGCAGAGAGGAUCAGCUGAGAGAAUUCAUACGCAACUACGACCAGCACAGAAAGGAAAGCGAGGAUGCAGUGAAAGCCCUGGCGAAAGAGAAGGACAUGCUGGAGAGAGAGAAGUGGGACCUGAGGAGGCAGACCAAAGAAGCCACGGAGCAGGCCAACAUCCUGCGUUCUCAGAUGGACAUGAAGGAGAACAGGAUUAAAGAACUGGAGGCCGAGCUCACCAUGGCGAAGCAGUCUCUGGCCACUCUGACAAAAGAUGUACCCAAACGGCACUCUGUUGCCAUGCCCACAGAGCCUGUGGUGAACGGCAGUCAGGAGUGGGUGAUGCAGGCCGACCUGCCGCUCACCGCCGCCAUCCGCCAGAGCCAGCAGACCCUCUACCACGGACACGUCACGGACAGACAGGCUGUGGUCAGGAUCAGCCCCUGCCACUCUCGUCAGCCCUCUGUGAUCUCUGACGCCUCUGCAGCUGAUGGCGACCGCUCGUCCACACCUAGUGACAUCAACUCACCUCGUCACCGGACCCACUCCCUCUGCAAUUCUAUGGAGGACUUGGAGGACCAGAAGCGUAAGAAGAAGAAGGAGAAGAUGACUCUGGGAUCCCUAUCGCGGGUGUUCGCUCGGGGAAAGCAGCGCAAGUCACUGGACCCCGGCUUGUUUGAUGACUCUGACAGCCUCACACAGCAAAGCCUGUCUGACGGAGAGGAGCAGCUGGACCGCCUCCAGCAGGCGGAGCUCACUCGAAACACAUGCAUGUCACUGUGGAGGGCAGGUGCGGUCCAGGCCUGGCUGGAGGUUGUCAUGGGAAUGCCCAUGUACAUCCGAGCCUGCUCUGAAAACGUCAAAAGUGGCAAGGUGCUGCUAGGCCUGACUGAUGAGGACUUAGAGCUGGGUCUGGGCAUCAGUAAUCCAAUCCAUCGCAGGAAAGUAAGACUGGCCAUUGAGGAUUACAGGAGAGCUGAAGGGGACCAGGGAUUAUCAAAAGCAUCAGAGUUGGACCAUCACUGGGUUGCAACAUCGUGGCUGAGCGACGUUGGGCUGCCUCAGUACUCCCAAACCUUCCAAACUCACUUAGUGGACGGACGAGUGCUGAACUCUUUGAGCCGCAGAGACCUGGAGCGACACCUCAACAUCGGCGACCAGUUCCACCAGACUAGUUUACUUCUGGCAAUCCAGCUCCUGCAGAUGGUCAGCUUUGACAAAGAGGCCCUGCAGGCACGACGGACAAAAUGUGAGCACCAGAACUGGGACCCCAUUGUUUGGACAUGUCACCGAGUGAUGAAGUGGAUCAGAGACAUCGACCUCAAGGAGUUUGCAGAAAAUCUUCAGGGUAAAGGGAUUCAUGGUGCAGUGAUUGCCAUGGACCAGUCCUUUGAUACGGACGCCAUGGCCAAAGCUCUGGGGAUCCCAAGCAACAAACACAUGCUGCAUCGACACCUGUAUGAAGAGAUGAAAUCCCUCGCUGUCACUCUCUGUAAUGCAGAGCAGAGCACUGAGAUCAUCGGUUCUUCUUCACCUGUGGCUGUUAACCGCUUCACUGAUGAGAGGGUGUCUAUGAUAAGAUCAGGAAAGAGUCCACUGAGGUUGCGUGCCAACAGCCAGUCAGUGGAGCGAAGUCUGGGCUUCCACGGCAGCUGUGGCUCUUUGCCCAGAGAGGCCAAAGUGCAGGCUGUUCCCCGCACCAAAGGCAGCCCCAUGCACACCUUCAAGAGUGUUGAAAUCACCAACGUGUGAACCAGUUUACACUGUCACUGUACCAUAGCUGUUUACUACUGAGAGAAACCUACACUCAGCAACGCUGGACUUUAGAGAAGUCGUCUUAAAGGGAUACACCACUUAAAAUGUAUUCAUUCAAACAUAGUUUUAUUUUGACAAAUGUUACAAUAUCAUCUUCUGAAGAGAAACAAAAAAAAUAAUCAUUUUGACCUGAUGAAACUGAUUUUAUGACUAGUCAGUCUUUGAUGUGUGUUUUUUUACACUAAAUGUCCCAAAUGACUUUUAUAUAUUAUUGACGGAAUAAUAUCAUAGAACAGAAAGCUUAAUAAUAACAUAAAAAAUAACUGAAGUGAGUGCUCCUUUGAUGCCUUAUAUCAAAUAGGUCUCAUAGUAUAGUAUCUUUACAGGACUGUUCUCUGUAUUUAUUUGCAAGGUUAUUUUUUAACAUGUUUUUGUUGCUGCACAUGUAAGUAAAUGAGGAAUUAUGUAAAAAGUAUAGGAAAAAAGUUAUUGGAAUAAUCUGUUUUCAUAGUAGAGAUAAAUAUCAACCAGGUCCUUGUUCUUCCUACAGAUGAAUUAUACAGACAAGAAUGUUGAUGAUUUGAGUUGUGGUAUUUCACCGUUUUAAUUUCAGCAACAAAUCCUUAAAGGGGAACUUCGUUUUUUUUUCAACCUGGGGUCUGUGUUCAUAUGUCAUUUCAUACAUGUAAGUGAUGGAGAAAUGAAUUUUCGAC